CGUCCGGCGGGGGCCGCCGCCAUCUUGUGUUCGGGGUGUCUCGGUGCGUGAGCGGGGCCGCCAGCCAUGGAGACAGAUGAUACUGGAAAUCGACUUCGGUUCCAACUGGAGUUGGAAUUUGUUCAGUGUCUGGCAAACCCCAAUUACCUCAACUUUCUUGCACAGAGAGGGUACUUCAAAGACAAAUCUUUUGUAAAUUAUCUUAAAUAUUUACUUUACUGGAAAGAACCUGAAUAUGCCAAAUACCUAAAGUAUCCUCAGUGUUUGCACAUGUUAGAGCUGCUCCAAUAUGAACACUUCCGUAAAGAACUGGUAAAUGCUCAGUGUGCUAAAUUUAUUGAUGAGCAACAGAUCCUUCACUGGCAGCAUUAUUCCCGGAAAAGAAUGCGUCUCCAGCAAGCACUGGCAGAGCAGCAGCAACAGAACAAUACUUCUGUAAAAUGAGAGCGUUUGACACAGUGGCAACAUUUACUUCAUGUCAAUACAUGUAUUUGCAAGGGAAAAUUUGACUUACUUUUGUAGCUUUGGCAUUAGUGAUAUACAUAACUUCAUGUGCUAAUGUAGACAGAGAACAUUUUUGGUUUAUCAAGUGACUGUUUUCCUAUCAAGUAGUAUCCACGUUAAUGGGAUGUAGCUGAUGUAUACUUUGUUGAACCUUCAGUGAUGGGUUUUGUCUUUUUCCAAAGAAAGAGUACAGUCUUAAGAUCACUAUAGACCUUCAUCCAUGUAUCUAUUUUGAAAACUAAAUAUGGUUAUCUAAGGUCCCUAUUACCUUGGUAUCUAACUAUGGAGUUAGCUUACUGAAAGAAUUUGUAGUUGAAAAGUCUGUGUUUGAAGGCAUAUUCUCUGAAUGUUUGGAGGACAGUGGCAUGGUAUAAGGUGACUCUAAAAGCAGGGCUGGGAGCCCCCAUGUGAUGCGGAGAGCUAUUUCUGUCACAAGGGCAAGGUAUGCACAGUUGAAAUGAGAUCUGUUACAGAAAACCUUAAUUGUGCACAUGUCCAUAUUGAAGCAGAGCUGUCCUAUGGCUGAUGCUGCACUUCUGUUUAAGUCUGCUAAUGAUUCAUUGUUUACUGCCCUUGCUGUAAACUUAAUGCAGAUUUGCUGAUACCAAAAUUUGAGGCAUAAACCAAAAUGGUGAGAAUAAUAGAGGUUGCAGGUGAUGAGGGGAGAUUAGUACUAACUGAAAAGCCCUUCAGUGGGAAAUAACCAGUGCAGACACAAAACGGGACCAUGACAAUUGUAUCCAUUUGGUUAUCUUGUCUCUUUAGUGUCAGCAAGCUUGAGCUGUGUAAGGCUCUUGCAAAACAGUUGCUGUUAGGAAAGCUUAAAGGGAGUAGGUAUAUUUCAGGUAGCUGUAAAUGUUUUUAAGGCUUGUAUGUGAAAGGUCAGAGGUAGAGAAGUAUUUAUCUUUAAUACAACUGUUUUCUUUACAAGGUGACAACCCCUACAGACACCAAUUAAAGCCUUAAUUAAAAAGAAAUAAGGAUACCUUACAACUGUGUAAUAACCUAACUGUAGAAGAAAGGCAGGGAUUACACUUUUUCUUCAUGGCCAUUGAUUGAGGUGAAUGUCAGUUAUAAAGAGUAAAGUAGAAAGUGAAGUGGUUUUUAUUUUUCAUGGACUCUGAUAUUACUUUUCAGCAGGACUGUGGCUGUUGUUGAAACUAUAUUUAAUAAAAAAUAACA